GUUGUAUUUUACACACGAGAAAUAAUAUAGAAAUAUAUUUCCUGUUUAAAAACACACAGUUUUAAAAGACAGUUUUAAUGCAGAUACAGGAAGAGAGAUCCAGAUGAACAUGAACAGUUAGUAAAGAAAGCACAUGAGAAGACGAUGGAUGGAGCUGUUGAAAUAGUUUUAUGGUUGAGAGAUCGUAAAGGCAUACAUGUAAAUUUAGAAGAUGGUCAUCAGGCAGAAGCAGCAGAUUUAUUUGAAAUUGUUUUAGAACAAAGAGGGCUUCCACCAGAGAGUGAAAACGUUUUCUCCGUAUGGCUGGUAUCUCCCAUUUUAGAACUAAGAUUAAAGAAUCACCACAAACCAUUCCAGUUAGCCCAGUUAUGGGAUGAUUUCUGUGCUAUGUAUACAGAUUCUUGUGCUGAUGAAAUUACACGAGAUGAACCAGUUGUAAUGUUUCAGAGAAAUGUCUUCCUUACUUUAGAAGAGGAAAUGAAGGCUAUAAGAGGUUAUGGCGAGUAUAAGACCUCUAAUGAAACCAUUUUGUGUUUACUGUACCAUGAAGCCAAGUUUAAUGUUGCGGAGGGAAGAUAUAUUAUGGAUCCUUCUGACUAUCAUGCCUUGGCUGGAAUCCAUGCUUUGAUACAUCUGGGUCACUUUGAUCCAAAAAAUCAUGUCUCAUCUCAGUAUAGAGCCAACCUAAGCAAGUUUUACCCUCCACACAUGUAUAAAUUCAAACUACAGUUGUUACACAUUGGUAAGCAAAAAGAACGUCCAUGUGAAGAAAUAUUUAUGGAAGCACACAAACAAAUAUCUGCAAAUCACAGAGAAGAAAUUCGUGGUGGUGUUCUAAGAGAUUUGUACAGACAGUACUUACAAAUAUGUUGGAAGUACUCAUGUUAUGGGAGUGCCUUCUUUGAAGGAGUGAUAGAGAAACCAUGUCAUAAAGUAAAGAAAGCUAUCUUGGGUUGUCAGCAAACUGAAGUUUUAGUUGCAAUUAAUACAGAUGGAGUAACCGUUACUGAUAAAGAAAAACCUGAAGUAAUUUUGGCAGUACCGUAUGAAGAACUGUCGUGGAAUUUAGAUACAAAUGAAGAUGAAGAUGAUUUAAUACCAUGUUUAUUGGUACAGUUUCUAUGUAAAGAAGGGAGAAGUUGUAAUACUAAAGUGCUGCAGAUAUACUCAAGACAGGCCAAACUUAUGGAUGCAUUGAUAGAUUCAUCAGUAAAACGUAAACUCCAGAGAGGUUCUUUACAUGGAAGGGAAGACUAUGUAGAUGGAGGAGGAGAAAUAUACAGGAAUGAAAACUUUUGUAGGAAGGUAGACAAUAAGAUGGAAAAAAUGUGUCUGACUACUUACUCAUUAGAAGGUACUGAGACAAGAGGAUAAUUAAUGGAUGACAGAUGAAGUUACUGCAUAAUAUGAAUUGAAGCACGACAUCUAUGCAUUUGAGCCCUGAUUGGGGUCUAUUGUUACUGUUGACUUGGUACAAGUAGAUAUUACUUAUGGGUAGCUUUACCACCAUAUUAAAUGGUUGUAGAAUGUUAUUUAGUUUUGAUCAUAAAAAUAUCCAUUGUUGCUAACCUGGCAUUUCAUCCGCAUAUAAGCUAUUUCAGACUUUCUACAGAAAUGAAACUUGACUCAAAUCGUUAGAGAUGAAUUUAAGAUUGAUGCAAUUGGGGCAAUUUUAAAUGUAUUGUAGUAAUCAUAAAGAACUCUAUACUUGUUUAAGAAAAAAAAACUGUUGUUAAAAAGUGGUUAACUAACAUAAAGUACAUUAUUUAAUUGUAUGAUAUAUGAAAUGUAAUUUUUAAAGCCUAGCACUGAUGAAUUGUUAAGGUCAGUUAAUUUCUGUUAAGUUUUAACCUAAAAAAUCCAUAAUGUGACCAAAAGUGAAAAGUGGAUUUAUUCAAACAAAAUGACAUUAUUUGAAAAAAACAAUUUUGGGAGGUACCGACGGACGGAAGGAAGGAAUAAAAAUUACAAAGUGAGGACUCCAGUAUUUGUGUUUCAUACAAGGAACAAUAUAACUUUUUACACUUUGUAUCCAACAUAAUUUUUGAAAUGUCUGUUUUUGUUGUGUUAACCUUGUUUGGUUUUGUUCAUAUCAUGACUAAUAUUUGUUAUUGUCAAUUCCACAUUGACAGUUAUGUGUCUUUUCCAUUUGUUUUUUUGUGAACUAUUCUCCAAUAGAUGUAUUUUACCAUGAUUUCCUCACUUUUCAUAGUGUUAUCUAUUUCAACAAUUUGUUAGUUUAUGCCAUUUUGUAGAUAUUUGAUUUUAUCAUCAAUAAUGAAAGUGCAGUCGUCAAAUUUUGUAAAUAUUUACCACAUAUUAAAACAACAAAUAUGAAGAUUUUUUUUUAUCAUGACCUUUCAGGCUUAAUUAUACAUAUAAUAACCUUUCUAAAUGAGCUUAGAGUAGAUUCUAAAGUUACUGGAGUAGAUAGAAAUAUAAUGGCUGAUAACAAAUUUGACCAUAUUUUUAUCAUUUUAUACUGUUCAGAAGCUUAUUUACAUGUAUAUAAGGAUUAGUAGCAUUCCUAGUUCAGUCUAUUUUCUUUUUAUGUAGGUAAUGCCUCUAGACAAUAUAAUAACAUAUUCUAUUUAUAGUAACACCUGGUGUUAACUUCCUAUCCUUUGACAAGGAUUUAAUAGUAAAUAAAGUCUACACCAGAUACUGCUAUAAAUAUAUAGGGUUAUUUAAUUUUAGUUUAAAUAAAUAGUUUUAAAAUAAUCAAGAAAUACAUAAAUUUAAUGUCUUAAAUUUUGGAACUAAAUUUUAUUACCCAAUACUAGUUUUUUUAAAACACAAGUUGUCUUAUUCCAGAACUUCUCCUAAAUGCUGGCUGUGCUUGGAAGAAAUAUGUUUUUCAGAAAUAUUUUUAUAUGAUUGUGAUAUUUUUUGUUUUGAUAUUGUAUACAUCUAGUUUACAUACUUUUGAAUAAAAGAAAUUAAUCAUAA